AUGUCACAACCCCCCACCAUAUCUCCAGACCCCUCCGUCGGCCCAGUCUGGUUCUGGCGCGAAUUCGAAUCUCCCUACGGCUUCAUGUCUCAAUGGUACGAAUCUUCCUUUGAAGUCGAUGGUGUUACCUACCAGACGGCGGAAAUGUGGAUGAUGAUUCAGAAGGCGAAGUUAUUUGGGGAUGAGGAGAUUGCACGGGAGAUGAUGAAGACGGCGGUGCCGAGGGAGCAUCAGGCGUUGGGACGGAGGGCGAAGGGAUUCGAUCGCAAGAAGUGGGAUGAGCAUAAGAGUCGCAUUGUGGAGGAGGGGAAUUAUCACAAGUUCACGAAGGGGAAGGAGAGUGCUGAUAUGAGGACGAAGUUGUUGGCGACGGGGGAUAGGGAACUUGUUGAGGCAUCUCCAUCAGAUCGCAUAUGGGGAAUCGGAUUCGGUGCUGCUGACGCAGAGGCAAACCGCGACAAGUGGGGUGAGAAUCGACUGGGUAAGGCGAUCACGAAUGUGAGGCAGCGGCUGCGCGACGAGGGUCACAAAUAG